GUCGCCGCUAUCGACCGCCUUACCUCGGAGAACGCAAAACUGGUGCGCGACGUGGCGCAAUACCGCGGCGAAGUGGAGGACCACUUGCAGAAGCAAGAAACAAUGAAAAAGUCCCUGACGCAGCACGACAAGAAUUAUCUGAACGAUGCAGGGCUACCGGCGAAUUAAGUAGACGCGACAAAGCUUUGACGAAUUUAGAAGCUGAGAAACGUAGGUGUGAAGAGCACAACGCACUUCUUCAAGCCCAAAUUGAUGACCUGCGAAUACAAAUAACCCAAAGCGAGCUUUCGCAUCGCGAACGGGCUGAACGAGCACGUUUGGAAAAGGAGGCCUUAAUAAGGCGCGCUGAAGACGCCGAACUGCGUGCCGAACAACUCGCUGAAAGUGGAAUUGAAACUACAAAACCUUUCUUGAGACAACUUGAAAUGAUGCAAGAAACAUCUGCAAAAAGAAGUAAGGCCUGGGAAAAACAAGAAAGCAUUUUAGUGGAAAAAUUGGAGGAUUCGCAAAAUGCCUUAAAAAUAAUGAGAGAAAAUGAAAAAACCACCAAAGAAGAAAUAGCACAAUGGCGAAUAAAAAUUAAUGAUCUGAAUGAGAAAUUGAACAAAUCUAUGGAGAAUGAAAAUAGACUAACUUUGGAAUUGGAAUCUGCGAGAACUAAAUUAGAAGAAGUUAAGCAGGAGACUAAAAAGAAUCAAACUGAAGAAUCAACUCAAUUAAAAGUCCUUCAUGACCGUAUUACUGAACUUUCAAAUCAGUUAUCCUAUACACAGAAUCAAUUAUCAAAUGAGAGAGCAAAUUGUGAAUCUGAAAAACGAAAAGUAAAUAAUCUUCAAGAAAUGCUGAACAAAGAAAAAACUCAAUCUUCAAUGGUGACAUUCAGUUCGAGUACACCUAUGCAGGAUCUUAGUCAGUUAAAACAAUCAAGAGAGUCAUCACCAACCUUAAGUUUAGGAAGAAUGAGUGGCUCAGGAUCUGCCCACAGUGCAUUGUGGCAUUUGGAUGAUUCAGCGGACUGCAACUCGAGUCUGGCCGACGGAGGUGCUGGUUCCAUGUACGAUGUCUACCGUGCAGGCCAUUCUACCCAAGUACUUGAAUCCUUACAAUCCCUAGUCAAACAGCGCGACGGAGAAAUUCAACAAUUAAACCAUGAAAUAACAAGACUUACUUCAGAAAGAGAUUGUUUAUCUGCUGAAAUGGCCAAACUCACUGUAGAAUUAGACAGGAAUAUGGAGAGGCUGGAAGAAAAUGCAGAAAUAGCAGAACAGAUGGCUCAACUUCAAAGGCAGUAUGAUGCCUUGUUGCAAAUGUAUGGUGAGAAAAUGGAAGAAAAUCAAGAGCUGAUGUUAGAUUUACAAGAUGUUAAGGAUAUGUAUAAAGUACAGAUAGAUGAACUAAUGGCAAAACAAGAUAAUAAAUAAUGGACUGAUAUUAUUUGAACUUAAUUUUUACUGUCAAGUAACCAUCAUAUGUACCGUUCUAUCAAUUCAUGAACAAUUGAUAUAAUAGUGUUGUGAACACCCACUAAUACAUUUGAAGACAUAAUAUUCACAUAUGCGCUUGCUUUCGAGGCACGUUCUGAAAACAACGUCAUGUGAAUCGUAGGCUACCAUAUUCUUCACACUUUUUUCACAAUUUAUUAUAAACACUAUGUUCAAAUAAAAGGCUUACUAUAUGUGAUCAAAAUUAGAGAAAAUUAUGAAACGUAAUAGCAUUAUAUU